CUUGCAUUUUAUGAGCAAGAGAGAUAGAUCACACUGUAACUUGGAAACUUCCCUCCGAGUAAUGAAUCAUACCUAGUGCUAACUUACAGAACUUUUUCAUCCAUAAUUCCUUUUAUUUUAUUAACCCAAAACCUGAUAAUACCCCCACAAGAGUUUGUUUACUAACUAGUGACUUAUCUUAAACUUACAACCUUGAAUAACCUAGACAAUACACAGGAGAUAACUCUAAGUAUACGAAAGAAAUGUUUUUGUCCAAUUAGGUUUGCUUGGACUCAUUUUUGAAAGUCACAUGACUACACCUUACUGUUUAAUUAAUGGACCCCUACAUGUCUCUCUAUGUGUGUGUGUUCUGUGCACGUAUAGAAAGAUAUUACAUUCAGUGUCUUAAAGCAAAAUAUUAGGCCUGGCCAGCUUUGUUUUCAAGAUAAUAAGUAAAUGAUUCCACUUUUUCUUCUUCAAGCACAUCACGAAUCUGCUACUUAUAUUUCAUAUUUAUUUCAUGACCUGCUAGAUUGUAUUAAAUGUUAAAGAUGGCUCCAUUUGCUCCCAAGAAAUCUCCUAAUUGCACGACUUUUACAGUGUAUUGAGCUCCUCUUACUUCAAGCAUUAAGAGCUUACGUGGUUAAUGUCAGGGGAAUAGUGCAUAAAACUAGUAUGAGAUGCAUGGCACUUUAACUCUGUAUCACCUUCCAUCUAAUGCUCCUAUUAGUUAGGUGAAAUAUAUAUUAUAUUUUUAUGCACAGACUAUCUUUUUUUUCUGGAGAUGUGCAAUGCUCUGCACAGCCCCCACCCUAGCCCUGAAGGAUUUAAAGCGGUUUUACCUUGCCUCCUGUAUUUAUUCUUAAGACAGCACAAAACCACUUAAGCAAUUUCAACCUUUUUUUAAGACCACAUGGGUACCAUUGACCUUUCAGUGUGCUGUGCAUUAAAUAUUCAGUUGCAAUCCACUGUCUUUAUACGUUUCUUACAAUUUCAUCAACAAAAGCCUGAGAGAUGGCUAAUAAAGGAACGCUGUGAAAAAUAUUUAUAUUAACACUGAUAGCCUUAGGUCAUUCAAAUUUAUUCUCUAAACACUGGCUUCUAAUAUUCCAUCUAAGCCAGUAAGCAUUCUCCAACAUAGAGCACGUGUAUAUGGGUGCACUACCUGCAUGUUACAUUAUUUUCAAUAUGAAAUAUUUCUCUAAUCAAAUGACACAAUGUAAUUAUUUGUGGUUUCUACUCUAGGUCUCCAAAUAAAAAAUGGUCCAGAAAAGGCUUACCAGAAUUAAUAACUAUUGCCUGUUUUAACCCUAGGUAUGGUACAAUGGAUGGAGGCACUCGUAGGAAGAAUGCAACUCGAGAAACCACCAGCACAUUGAAGGCCUGGCUGCAGGAACACAGGAAGAACCCUUACCCCACCAAGGGGGAGAAGAUCAUGUUGGCCAUCAUCACCAAAAUGACCCUCACUCAGGUCUCCACCUGGUUUGCCAAUGCCAGGAGGAGGCUCAAGAAGGAGAACAAGAUGACCUGGCCACCAAGGAACAAGUGCUCCGACGAAAAGAGACCCUAUGACGAGGAUGACGAAGAGGAAGAUGAAGAGUCUCAGAAAGGCCACAUCAAAAACGAGAAGAAAAUGGAUGGUCUGUACCUUUAAAAUAUUUACAAUGAGGCAUACAUACUGUUUUUGCAAGGGACAUGAGUUUACAUUUGGGGUCUUGAAGGUGGAUUGUAAUUUGAGCAUCAUGCAACAGUCCUUUGAAACGCUGUGGAACUAUUACGACAUCGUUUUCUGGAAUGAUGUAAUACAUACUGAUUGGCAAACUCUUGCUAUUAAGUAAUUUGCAAUGUCAUUAUUCUGCUACAUGGUGCAAAUGGAAAGUUAGAUAGCAAAUUAGUAUGAAAUAAACCACUGUGUGGUAAGGUAUAAAAUUUACACUUCUUAGUUGAUUUGCAGAGGUCUAGGGAAGGGAACCUGCUUUAGAUAUUCUAUAUUAACAUUUCAGUAAUUUUGGGCCUCCGUAUUUUCCUGUACAGUUGUCAAUAAGUUAAUAUAUAUUUUGUUUAUUUUGAGCAGAAGAGAGCGCGGUGAGGGAGCACAAAGACCUGGAACUGAGUGAUUUAGACGACUUUGAUGCCAUAGAAUCUGAGAGUUCUGAGUGUGAGUUGAAGCAGCCGUUCCACCAUCAGUCCCAGGAAGGACUCCCAAUGAGAUCAAGGGAUUGUUCCAAUGACCACUGCAAAGAGGUCACUCUGAAGAUGCCUCUCUCAGCCUCUACAGUAGACCAAGAACUGGACAGGGCUAAGAACUGCCUCAAAAGUGUUGUUGAUGAUUGUGAGCAAGACUUGAUGAGAACAAGGCAAAGGGGAUGUGAAUCCAAAUUGUGCUUCCAACAGCAGGACCAGCAAAUGCUGGAUUCCAAACCAAGAAUAUGGUCCUUAGCUCACACAGCCACCUCUUUAAAUCAAACGGAGUACCCUUCUUGCAUGCUAAAGCACCAGGGAGUAUCUUCUCCUUCUUCCUCCUCCUCUUCUUCUUCUUCUGCUGUGUCCACUCCAGUUUGUGUGAUUGACAGACGUCAGGAUUCUCCUGUAACCAGCCUGAGAAAUUGGGUGGAUGGAGUAUUUCAUGACCCAUUAUUCAGACAUAGUACUUUAAACCAAGCACUCACCAACACCACUGUUUCGUGGGCCACCACAAAAGGAACCAUUCUCGAAAAUGGGUCUUUAGGACGUUCUAUUGGAAAUCCAACCAAUAUGAUCAAAGGACAAGUGGCUAACCUAACCCAUGACACAAAUAAGGAAUUUAUUGCCUUCCCAAAAUCUGGGAGCAAGAUGUUCUGUUCCUAACGCGUUAAAAUGUUCCCUAAUAGCUAGAAUGGACUUCUAGCAAAAGACAUGUAAAACAUUGGGUUCUGAUGACCCUAGAACUUCACUUUAAGUGGACACUGUUACUCCAGAUUCUGUUCUACCAUUCAUCUUUGUUUAAAUUAUCUUUUCUUAUAAGAUUGUGUUGUGACAAUUAUUUAAUUCAGUGUCUAAAAAAAAAAAGCACGAACUAUUUUAUGUGUUGGAGUAAUUACGGUUUACAAAAAGUUUACAAAAAACAAAAAACAAAAAAUUAAUGGUAUAAUUUUAAGCAGCAUGCUAAGUUAAUGAGUCAUCGAGAUACUUCAUUCUGGUUUUGUUGUUAGUGAAUCACAAACAGCACUUCUUCCAAGUUUACACCAAUGCACAUGUAAGACUUUACUGAAAAUCCUAUUUGUUCC